AUGCAUCGACGUAUUUGUGGCCAGUAUCGAAUUCAGUUGCUAUUAUAUGUUCGUAGAGCUUUUCAGUUAUCGCUGUGUAGAAGAACACUUAAGAUACCGCGGACUGCCGGUAUCACCAUUAAAAUAAAAAAGAAUAUCUUGGACGCAUAUAAUGAGGAACGAGAGCAGGUAUUCUAUGCUUCGAUGCAUUUUACCAGGGAAACUAUUUGGAAAAAGUGGACCUGCGGACAGAAGAACAAUAUCAUGGCUUCAGAAUCUGAAGGGUAUGGUACGGAAACGGCUCAUCGGAGUUAUUUCGCGUCGCAACCAGCAGAAAGAACGGUUGCUGGAACGGUCGCCAACGUUCGGAACCGGAUACAGCCACCCGAAGAAGAAUAUGUUCGCGAUUUCACCAUGGUCGAUUACGCGUUGACGUUUUAUAACGUAAUAUCGAUUGCACAGACAGGGGGAAAAAAAUUACUAAUCAUGGUCAAACGUUCAGUAUCAAAAAAGUAUUAG